AUGACUCUGGCUUAUGUUUUUAACGGGCUUGUCACUUACGUAUUCUGGUGGGAGAAGCAUAAGGAUAUUGUUACCGCCUCUUUCGUCAACUUGCCGGGAAUGACUUCUCUCCAAUGGGACAAGUUCGAGAGCCUGGCGAUGGAAAACACAUAUGAUGUGUCAGAUCCAGACCAAAAGCAGAAUGAUUCGAUUGCGUGGUAUGUUGUUCCACGCGACUGCAGAGACGAUGAGGUGGGAGUGAUGGAAUUUCACGAAAGAGAUACGGAAGAGACUAUUUCGACACCAGAGACAAGGUCCCAAAAGGCCGGACAUACCGUCAAUGAGAUUGAGGAAGACGUCAACGUCAUCACAGAAUGGGAUACUAAUCUUUAUAUGACGAGAUACUGA